UGAAUAAAUAAAGAAGAAGAACGAACUAGGGUUUUAAACUCCACUAUAUAAACCAAACUCCGAUACCUUUUCCUCUGGUUUGCAGUGCAGGUGCCACCAGAAGCCGUCGCAAUGGUGAAGUACUCAAGAGAGCCUGACAAUCCCACCAAAUCUUGCAAGGCCAGAGGCUCUGACCUUAGAGUUCAUUUCAAGAACACUAGGGAAACAGCGCAUGCCCUCCGUAAGUUGCCCUUGGCUAAGGCCAAGAGGUAUUUGGAGGAUGUUCUGGCCCACAAACAGGCCAUUCCAUUCAGACGCUUCUGCCGUGGUGUUGGGAGGACAGCCCAGGCUAAGAACAGACACUCCAAUGGACAAGGACGCUGGCCUGCCAAGUCAGCUAAAUUCAUCCUAGAUUUGCUCAAGAAUGCUGAGAGCAAUGCUGAAGUUAAGGGUUUGGAUGUUGAUGCUCUCCACAUUUCUCAUAUCCAAGUCAAUCAGGCACAGAAGCAAAGGCGCCGAACAUACCGAGCACAUGGGAGAAUCAACCCUUAUAUGUCAUCUCCUUGUCACAUUGAAUUGAUACUAUCUGAAAAGGAAGAGCCUGUGAAGAAAGAGCCUGAGGCCCAGUUGGCAACCAGCAAGAGGGUGGCUUAGUGAAACGAGUGCUGCAUUUUAUUUUGCUAUUUAACUGAAUUGCCUUGAGGCCCCAUUUUCCUAGACUAUAUCAAGAGGAUAGUUUUGCUGCUACUUUUCUUUAUUAUUUGUAUUUGUAUGAGCUGUUCGUAGAAAAUGCUUAAACCUCUGCUUUGUUUCAUACUGUGUUUCAAAUUAUAUUUUCUUUAUCA